AUGUCGUCUGAGUUAUCUGAAUAUUCUCCAUUCUAUGCUCCAUUCUUUGGUUUCGCCGGCUGUUCUGCUGCAAUGGUUCUCUCAUGUCUAGGUGCCGCUAUAGGCACUGCCAAGUCAGGCAUCGGUAUUUCAGGUAUCGGUACCUUCAAACCAGAGUUAAUAAUGAAGUCCCUGAUUCCAGUGGUCAUGAGCGGUAUUCUGGCCAUUUAUGGUUUGGUCGUUGCUGUUCUAAUUGCGGGUAAUUUGAAUCCAACAGAAGAGUACACUUUGUAUAACGGGUUUAUGCAUCUAAGCUGUGGCCUUUGCGUUGGUUUCGCAUGUUUGAGUAGUGGGUAUGCAAUCGGUAUCGUCGGUGAUGUGGGGGUAAGGAAGUUCAUGCACCAACCGAGGUUGUUUGUAGGGAUCGUGUUGAUUUUGAUUUUCUCAGAAGUCUUGGGUUUAUACGGCAUGAUCAUUGCUUUGAUCUUGAAUACAAGAGGUUCUGAAAAAUAG